AAGGAAGGAGAGAGAGACACAGCUAAACAGGUGGUCUGAAAACACGCAGAAAACAAUGUCGUCCGGCGGGGAGAGGCGGAAAGACCGUUAGCGCUCGCUUCUGUGAAGGAAUACCGGGACAGCCUCGGAGCAGAGCAAACGAAAAACCCAUGCUCCUUUUAAUUUUCUCGCGGAUUUCUCCUCCUCCUCUCUUCUCGGUUUUGCUCCGAAUCUGGUGAAGAUCUCGGAUACUAAACCAUGAAAGUCACGGUGUGUUUUGGCAGGACCCGGGUGGUUGUGCCGUGCGGGGAUGGGAAUAUUAAAGUCCACACACUCAUCCAGCAGGCUGUCAUGAGAUAUAAGAAGGCUAUCGCCAAGGAUGCCAGCUACUGGCUGCAGGUUCACCGGUUGGAGCACGGUGAUGGGGGAAUCCUCGACCUGGAUGAUGUGCUUUGCGAUGUGGCUGAUGACAAAGACAGGUUAAUAGCUAUAUAUGAUGAACAGGAACCCCAUCAUGGAGGUGAUGGUACCAGUGCCAGCUCCACAGGCACCCAGAGCCCCGACCUGUUUGCUGCAGACCUCAGCGCAGGCAGCGGAGCCUCUGCUUUCCAACCUUACCAGGCCGCCAGCGAGAUCGAGGUCACGCCUUCGGCCCUGCGCACCAAUAUGCCCCUCCACGUCCGGCGCAGCAGUGACCCUGCUCUGAUGACCAUCAAUGGGCCGUUCAGCGGCGGUGAGUCACGGGUCCAACCAGAUGAGACGCCAUCAAGGAAGAACCCAACCCGCUGGUCGACCACCGCUGGCUUCCUGAAAGCUCGCCACUCGUCUGGCACAAAUAGCCUGGAAAGGAAGGGUAAAGGGAUGGACACGUACCGCAGUCUGCCACGAGACGCUGGGACCUGGGCCAAUCAGAGAGAAUUCCAGAGAGAGACAGCACGGUCAUCGCUCAGCGCCAAUCAUCCCAUGGUGGACCGCUGGCUGGAGAGACAGGAACAGGAGGAAGCGGCAAGAGAAGAAGAAAACGGACGGAUCGAGCCUGUUGGCCGAGCUGACUCCAUUGACCACACUGCUGUGAGGUCACUAGAAGACAUUGUCAAACUGGUGGAGGUGUCAAACGACGGUGGGCCCCUGGGGAUCCACGUGGUGCCUUUCAGUGGCAGGGACCGCAGGACUCUUGGCUUGUUGGUCAAGCGUCUGGAGAGAGGAGGGAAGGCCGAGCAGCAGGGCCUCUUCCAGGAGAACGACUGUAUCGUCCGUAUCAAUAACGGAGACCUGCGAAACAUCAGAUUUGAACAAGCCCAGAAUAUGUUCCGUCAAGCCAUGCGCUCUCCGGUCAUCAUGUUCCACGUGGUGCCGUCAUCGAUGAAGGCCCACUACGAGCAGCUGUCCUACGCUGAAAGGAACCCCGCGUACGCCUCGGGCCGUUUCAGCCCCGACUCCCUCAGCGGCAGCACUGUGUCAGGCAUCGACCACACGCCACAGCGGAUGUCCCGGCACGGUUCCCAAACGCACCCACACUCCCAUCCGCACCCCCAUGUGCUCUCAGAGCCGACUGACGGUUACCCUCCUCUGCUUCACCCCGCGGUUUCUGCGGCCAAGCCCCCGACAGGUCACGCCCACUCACCGCAGAAGGGGAUGAACUCCACUCCAGCAGGAGGCUAUACGAAAAAAGUCGGGAGGAGGCUCAGCAUUCAGCUAAAGAAAGGCCCCGAGGGACUCGGCUUCAGUAUAACGUCACGGGAUGUUCCCAUCGGGGGCUCAGCACCCAUCUACGUGAAGAAUAUCCUGCCCAGAGGAGCUGCUAUCCAAGAUGGCCGUCUCAAGGCAGGAGACAGGUUGCUAGAGGUGAAUGGCGUGGACCUGAAUGGGCGGACCCAGGAGGAAGUGGUCUCCUUGCUUAGAGCUACACCCAUGGGCGGGGCUGUGGGGCUGCUGGUUUUACGCCAGGAGGAUGCUUUCCUACCCCGAGAAGUGAAUGCUGAGCCCCAGAUGCAAAUCCCCAGAGAUUUGCAUCCACGGCAGCCUGUGACAGCCGGGAAACACCAUUGGCUGAUAGAGAAGACAGAGGAGGACGAGUUGGUCCUGACCCCUGAUGGGACCAGAGAGUUCCUGACCUUUGAGAUCCCCCUCAGUGACUCGGGUUCUGCAGGGUUGGGUGUGAGCGUCAAAGGCAACCGCUCCAAGGAAAACCAUGCAGAUCUGGGCAUCUUUGUCAAAUCCAUCAUAAAUGGAGGUGCAGCCUGCAAGGAUGGGCGGCUGCGAGUAAAUGACCAGUUGAUUGCUGUCAACGGCGAGUCGCUAUUGGGCAAAACCAACCAAGACGCUAUGGAGACGCUACGCAAGUCCAUGUCAACCGAAGGCAACAAGCGUGGUAUGAUCCAGCUCAUCGUGGCAAGACGAGUUGCCAAAAGAAAUGAGGAGACACCAGGGAGCCCACUGGGACCCCAGCAGAUUUUAAACACCUCCCUAGAUGACCACGAGCGCCGAAUCUCCCACUCGCUGUAUGGUGGCCUGGAGGGCCUCGAUGACAACUUGAUGCCCCGGCAAGGCAUGCUGCCACGCACGAUAGGAAACUAUCAGCUCUCACCGACCGUCAACAUGCCGCAGGACGACACCGUGAUCAUAGAAGAUGACCGGCCGCCGCUUCUUCCACCCCACCUUUCCGACCAGUCGUCCUCGAGCUCGCACGAUGAUGUCGGCUUCGCAGCUGAUGUGACUCCACCGUGGGCCAAAGAGCUGCCCAAUCAGAAUCACAGCUCUGCGACUCCAGAUGAAAAUCAUCCAGAUGGUGCUUUCCAGAGGGAAGGUUUUGGACGCCAGAGCAUGUCAGAGAAGCGCACCAAGCAAUUUGGAGACGCCUCUCAACUUGAAAUCAUCAAGACACGCAAGUCCAAGAGCAUGGAUUUAGUAGCCGACGAGAUUAACCUCACACCUCAUCCUGAGACCUACACAGGUUCUUCCACAAAGGACGUGGGGCCAUCGCUGGGCCUAAAGAAGUCCAGCUCGCUCGAGAGUCUCCAGACAGCAGUAGCAGAGGUAACUCUGAACGGGGACGUCCCCUUCCACAGGCCUCGCCCUCGUAUCAUCAGGGGGCGGGGCUGUAACGAAAGCUUCAGAGCAGCCAUCGACAAAUCCUACGACCGACCGGCCGCCACGGAAGAGGACGACGAGGGCAUGGAGACAUUGGAGGAGGACACUGAGGAGAGUUCACGGUCGGGGAGAGACUCUGUGUCAACAGUAGCGGACCAGACGCCGCUGUCGAUUACCGAAAAGCCACUGGUCAAUGGCACAAACCGCACCAAAGAGGAGAAGAAGAAGGACAAGGACAAGGGAGGGAAGGAAAAGAAGAAGCCGGAGGGAGGGAAGGACAAGGACAAGGGAAAACCUAAGAAGGGGAUGCUGAAGGGACUCGGGGACAUGUUCAGGUUUGGGAAGCACCGAAAGGAUGAGCGGCCGGGAGAAAAGAUUGAUCGUAAAGGCUCCAGCAAGUGGAGGCCAGAGGAGACGCAGGUGUCAGACGAGGAGACCAUGAAGAUGAGGAUGGAGCAAGAAAGGAUCCAAGCUAAGACCAGAGAGCUGAGGGAGCGUCAGGCGAGGGAACGAGACUACGCUGAGAUUCUGGAUAUAAGUCGAUCGCCGGAGAGAUCCUCUGAGGAGGACCACCAGUACGCUGGCAUCAGCCAACUUAACAGCUCCAUGGACAGUGGCCAUAGUCGCCCCCACAGCCCCCGUGAUGAGCACCCUCACAUCCAUCCACAACACCAGCACCAGCACUCCGAUACCCUCUACACCCAAGUUAGCAAGGCGCGCAACGAGCGACCUCCGUCUGCAGACAGUAACCGACUAACCCCCAGCAACCACGACCGGAUACAGAGGCUGAGGCAGGAGUUUCAGCAGGCCCAGAAUGUCCCGGACGACCCAGAUGAUCGCAGGAGGACCUACAGCUUCGAGCAGCCCUGGUCAAACACCAGCAGCAACGGUCCAGGCGGGUACAGCCAGCCAGGCCGUCACUCGGUGUCGGUCGAGGUGCAGAUGCAAAGACAGAGGCAGGAGGAGAGAGACUCGUUCACCCAGGCGCAGCGACAGUACAGCUCCCUGCCGCGGCAACCCAGGAAGAACCCUAGCACCAUCUCCCAAGACUCUUGGGAUAAGGCAUACCCACCUGGUGAAGGGUUCCAGACUGCUAAGGACAACCCCAGGUACUCCAGCUACCAGGGCUCCAGGAACGGCUAUCCAGGUGGAGGCGGUGUCAAUGCCAGAGUCCUUCUGGAGGCCCAGGAGCUCUUGAGGCAGGAGCAGAGACGCAGAGAGCAAGAAGCCAAAGGGAAAUUAAUGCAGGAAAGUGCCGGCAACAGCAGCUAUGAGGGGUACACGGCACAUCUGAAAGACCCCGCCUCUCCUAAAGGGCCGUACCGACACGACGUGCCACCUUCGCCUUCACAGUUAGCGAGGCUUAAUAGAUUGGGUUCUGAGAAAGGAAGACUUUUUUAUUCUUGAAGAGCAUCAUUGGACUGAUUGAUGAAGAGCCAAACGAAACGAUUAGAGCCAAGGGGAUUGUUUUGAAGAAAGAAAAAUGGACACUAUGAAUCUUGACAGGGGACAACCUAGAGGUCUUAUAGUUUAGCAGUGAUCUUAUAGGUAAACAGUUGUGAAGUGUACUCGGUAUGUGGGUGUUUGUGUUCAGUCCUCGUGUGAGGAUGACCUAUACUAGUCAGUCAUUCACCCUCCUACAAACAGUGCCUUCUCUGCAUUCACGGACACGAAGCUUGUUCGCAGUCGUCCAGGACUCUGAUUCAUCGAGAUCUGGCAUCGUCGUGUACUGACAAUCAAAUGGGCAGACAGGCAAGUGAGUGGGCGCUUUUUUGAGCCCACGGGGAGGCGUAAGUUUCUGUGUGGGUUUUGUAUGUGGGCAUGUGACAAGGUACAUGUUUCACUAUCAAGAAUGUGUCCCGCGGAUGACUCUGCCCACCUGUCACGUUCAGCCCCGACAGAUGCUGCCGGUGUUUAUCAGCAUUCUGUUUUCUCUGCUUUUAGUCUUCUCUCCACAGCAACACAACUCGCACAGUACUCCACAGGGAGCACAGAAAACAAGGCAAAGUGUGUAAAAGAAAGCGGGGCGCAUUGUGUGUGUUAUUAAUAAAAAAGACCCCCUCAUAAAUGAUUCAUAUUUUGUGUUAUCUCCAUGGAGGAGGCUCAGGCAGAGAGGGUAGACAGCUCUGAUCCUCUGCCUGGCCCCUCUGCUUGGCUCUGGGCUUGACUUGCCGGCCCGCCCGCCUGUCUGUCUGGAGCCCUCAUCCUCUCUGCGUUGUUCUCGUCUUCUCUCUGUUCAUUACGCUCCUAUUUUCUUUUUCUACCUCAACACCCCUACCUUUAUCCUCUGCUCCCCUGCUCUCCCUUCUUUGCACAUCUCACACCUUCGCUUCCCCUUACUCUUCCUCCUGCUACACGGUGCCACCCUCCUCCUCGUCUCCCGAGUCAGGCUCUGCACUGAAUUUUUCAUCACAAGCCACCUGCUGCCUGCCAGAGCCAAAGAACGCUGCCACCGGAGGCAUCGACAGAGGGCCCGGCUUCUGACAUAAAGAGUGGAAUAAAAGCCAAAAAAAAAAAAGACAGACAGAAUAAAGAUGGGAAGAGAGACAACGAGCCUCCGAGUGUGAGAUUAGCUGGAGCUUUUUCCCAGUUUUAACAAAAGGCAAAACUGUCCUUGGGAGUUAAUUGCUUUCAAUUGCUAUAAUUGCUUUUUGUAUUUUUUUGCAGUUGUUAGCAUUUAGUCAGCCCCAUUCUCCAUAAUAAUUUAAAAAGAGGGAACAGGUAAACGGGCUAUCAUACUUUAAAAAAAGCAUCAGUCAAUAGAUAAUCUGAAUGCCAAAAGCUUUUAUAGGGCAGAACAAAAUGACAAAAACAGCUUAUUUACUGGCACAUCAUUUUGUUGUUAUUUUGCAGUGUCUAGCUCUGAGUUUGCUUUUGCUGCCAUAAGUCGAUGAAAUAGGACUUUUCUCUUGACAAUAGAAGAAGGAAAGAAGCCGUUCUUUCCAAACAAACGUUUAAAACAUUUUUAACUCCCUUUUAACCAUCCUGAAAUGUUUCCCUUAAUAUGGCAAUUAGGCUUAGUGGGUUAUGCUAACUUCGUGUUUACCACCUCUUUCUCUGUGCAGCUGGUACAAAUAUGGAAUCUCUCCACAGGCUCACAAGUAAACAAACGGGCUUUCAUUAAUCAUUAUGCAAGGUGAGAGGGUCAUCUGGCUGUUAGCCCUGCAUGGAGUUCCCAUGGAAGUGGCUUUUCCGGGCAGCAGGGGUUUUGUGUGACACAGGUGAAGAUUCCACAGCAAUCUUCAGGCUGGAAUAAUGCUAAUGCACACUAGUCACAAUAGCGCUUCAGUUUAUUUUGCUUGCUGUCGAACUGUCUAUUGUUAGCUAACUAUUUACAUUUGAUUUAUUCAAAUGUCUUCCUCCCCUUUUCUCCCAAUGGCUCCGCUUAAAAUUGAAGGAAGAUUGUUAUGAAAAUGAAAAGGUUGCACACAGAUUUACGUCGGACCUCUUGGCAAACCCACUGAUUCUGUUCAAAAUGAACUGGUUUCGUAGGUUUUUGCUGUGACAGCCUUGAGAAGGACUUUUAUUCUCGAUUUGUUUUGUUGUUGUUGUUGUUGGUCUCCAUUUUAUGAGGAAACAGAACUUAAAAAAACCAAACCGGAACAAAUUAAACAAGAAAUAUCUGCAAGACUAGAUAAAAAUUUCCAUUCUGGCCCAACUCUGCAGCUGCUGAUUGAAAACUUUCUGUGAGGCACUAAUCACUGAAGCCAGCUGUUGUAGGUGUACUGGGAAAAAACGCUUGGGCAUCGAUGACACAUACUUUAAAAAAAAUAAAAAAUACUGCCACCAGCCCACUAUUAUAAUUGCUGCCGUAGGUGGCAACCUCUUAUCUUGUCUUUCUUUGACAGCGCUAAUGUUUGUGACGUGAUUGUGUCUGCCUCCGAGCUAACAAAUGAAACGGGACAGGGGUCAAAUUUUAAACAAAAGGGAAAUACAGAAAAAGCUACAGAGAACAAAUGGGCAGUGCAUAAUCACCCUUCACUCCCACACCAUCUCCAUAUGCAGAGGGAAGCUGCAUGAUAAACAUUAUCUCCUGCUGGUUAAUGAAGACCCUUGCUGGGAUAGAUGCAGGCCUGGUAAGGGUAAUGAGUGAGAUGAAGUAAAAUUGAACCUUUAGUUGCAUUGUUCCAGGUUUAAACUUAGCAAAGCUAACAAUAUUGUUCAGUGCACGUAUUUAUGUGUGCAUGGGUGCAAUGAUAGAAACUGAUUUUGGGGAGGGGGGCGUCUUCCCAGUUUGAAGGUUUUUAAACCCACCUGAGAAUGAAGCUGAUGAAAAACUUACCAAAAAAAUGACACAAGCUGUGCAGAUGAGAGUAAAAGCAUUCUCCAUUACGCACAUUAUUUUACCGAAGUGUUUGGUUCCUGCUGUGAACACAAAUUGCAGACCAGCAUAUUUAGAAGGAUGUAUUUGACCUGUGCUCUAAAUACAGUGGAUUUAGCUGCUCAGCUGUUCCUGUUAUAUCAAUAAGUGCCUGAGAUAAUAUCACAAAAUGUUACACAAAGAAGGUUAUGAUGUGAUUUUUUUUUUCUGUCAGUGACACUGCAGCACACAAAUUACAGUGGAUUUUGUUUUUUUUAACAUUUUAAAUCCAUAUUAAGGGUACACUUUCCUGAACGUUUUUCUUUUAAUAUUUGUAAGAGCCAACACUUGCGGACAGUUAUCAUUGUAUUUGUACUCUGUUUGAUAUGCCUUCAACCAUACUGCACCACGAUGUGUUUUAAAAUAUCUCAAAAGAAAUGGAAGUUAUUAGAUGCUGAUGUGCAAUUGUUUUGUUUGUUGUUGUUGGGUUUUUUUUUUCCAGAAAACUUUUACAUGAUCUAUUAAGAAAUGUAUGCAGCCACUUCUUCCUGUACAUAUCAAAUUUAGAAUAAAACAA